AUGAAAGCGUCGAAUGAUUUCCUUUUCAUGCUGGACGGCGAUGUUCAACUGAUAGUGCCGGAAACGUUACGAUUAUUGGUUCAGACUGCAGCCACUGCAAAACUGGGUGUUCUAGCUCCUUUGGUAACCAUGGGCGGCAAACUGUUUUCAAACUUCUGGGGUGCGUUGGGCGCCAACGGAUAUUAUGCACGUUCGGAAGAUUAUGUUGAGAUCGUAGACGGAAAACGAGUUGGCAUAUGGAAUGUCCCAUUCAUUAACGGAGCACUGCUUAUCAGUAAAGAAAAGGUUAGACCGAAAAUGACAUUAAAGUAUAUUUGUGUUUGUCUUGCUGGGGUCUUAUGGGAAGAGUGUUGA